AUGAGCGGAAGUAAAGUUUAUGUAUAUUUAUGUGCAGCAUUUUCUGCUAUUGGGGGGUUACUUUUUGGAUAUGAUAUCGGCGUCAUAUCUGGAAUUCUCACGAUGACUCAUUUUCGCGAAGAAUUUCCUGCUGACCCUGUAAAAGAAGGAACAAUCGUAUCAUCGCUUUUAGCAGGAUGUUUUUUUGGCGCACUCAUAUCAGGAUAUUUUGCUGAUAAAGUCGGUAGAAGAUUCUCGAUUCUCGGCGGAUCUCUUUUGUUUAUAGUCGGUUGUGUUUUACAAGCAACUUCUACAACUUUUGUUCAAUUGUACUUUGGGAGGAUCAUUUCUGGUCUUUCAAUUGGUAAUCUUUCUAUGAUCGUACCUCUGUAUCAAUCCGAAAUUAGUCCAAAAGAGAUGCGCGGCCGUUUGGUAACUCUUCAACAGUGGUCGAUUUCUAUAGGGAUUGCAAUUUCGUUUUGGAUCGAUUAUUUUGCUGAAAAAAUCGAUUCACCUGUACAAUGGAGAAUUCCACUAUGUAUUCAGACUGUUCCGGCAAUAAUUCUUGCUGUCGGGACGCUUUUCCUUCCAUUUUCACCACGUUGGUUAAUGGAUCACGAUCGUGAGGAAGAAGCAAUAGCAGUAUUAGCAAAAUUACGAGCUGGAGGAGAUAAAAAUGCGGCAAUUGUACAAGAAGAAUACUUGGAAAUCAAAGAUAAUGUUUUAUUCGAACGAGAGUUUGCGGCAAAAAAUUAUUUUGAAUUGGUUAAAAAAGGUCCCGAGAAUAUUCGUAGAAGAAUGAUAUUGGGAAUUUUUAUUCAGAUUUUUCAACAAUUGACCGGAAUUAAUGCUAUCAUGUUCUACGCGCCUCAAAUUUUUAUUAAUGCUGGACUUACAUCUAAUUCAUCCAGACUUCUCGCUACAGGAAUUAAUGGUCUUGUAAAUAUGUUAUCCACAAUUCCUGCAAUACUUUGGAUUGAUCGUUGGGGACGUAGACCAACUCUCUUUGCCUAUUCUUGGGGUCCGACCGGAUGGAUUUACCCUGCUGAAAUUUAUCCUUUACGCAUUCGAAGUAAAGCAAUGUCUGUUACAACAGCUUCUAACUGGUUGUUUAAUUUUAUUAUUGGACAAAUUGUUCCGUCUUUGUUGGAUAAGAUUACAUGGGGAACAUUUAUAAUCUUUGGAGUUUUCGGUAUGACCAUGGCAAUAAGUGUGUUAAUCUAUUAUCCAGAAACAAAAGGCAAAUCAUUAGAGGAGAUGGACGGUCUAUUUGGUAAAACGCACCCACGUUCAAUAAAUCAACAUCUACCUCCGUCUUCAAUAGGUGACUUGGAACAUGGAGAGUCUGAAGUAAGGAAAGAAGCAAGUUUAUCUACUUCUCCUGCUGAAAUUAAUGUAGUCGAGUUUCCAGAAAAAGACGGCAAUUACCGGUUAAUCUCAUGA